AUGUCGACGAUUGCAGAAACAUCGCCAACAUAUGAUCAUCCAAGGCCAUCAUGUGAGGGAUUGCUUCAGAUGGAACCUUGGUAUCAUGGCAAAAUUACCCGUUAUCGGUCCGAAUGUUUAGUACAAUGUGAAGGCGAUUUUUUGGUUCGCGACAGUAUCUCAUCACCAACGGAUUUUGUUCUGACCGCUUUUUGGAAGGGUCAUGCAAUACAUUUUCAGAUCAACAAAAUACUGUCAACAAAAAGUUCUACUUCAGUGUUCUUUCAGUUUGAAGAUGAACAGUUUGAGAAUAUUGGCGAUUUGAUAUCGUUUUAUCAUGCACAUCGAAAGCCGAUUACUGUUGCCAGUGGUUGUAUCAUCAGAAAUCCAGUACCAAAUAUUGCUUCUUUAAAAACAAUUGACAGCUUCAAAGAAAUCGAACAGAAUUAUGCAAAAGUUGGCAGAUAUGGAACAAUAAAAACUACUGAACCACGGCUAAGUCACCAAGUGCUUCUAAAUGAAACUAGAAAACUAUGCCUAAACACUCCAUCAGCACUCCUCAAUCGUAAGAUGGAUAGCAGAAAGGAUAAGAAGGAGCACUACACACUGUCGACAUUGCUAAGCCGUCCAUUGCCGAUUCCGGUGAAGUUGCCAAUACAGAAUGACGAUCAAGACGAGUAUUGCGAAAUGGAUUACGAUGCUAUGGAAGAAAACCCCCCAAUUAUACUUGAGAAAUUUGGACAAAGUUUUGUCCGACGUCCAGAACAUACCUCUUUAACAUCAUUAAAUUCUCUUAAGACGUCACCGUCGCUUGCCAUGACCCAGUCCUGCAAUGAUGUUAGCAAACUGAAUUGGCGACUUCCAAAAGCAGGAUCAGUUCCUUCUUUACCGGAACGGAAAUCCACUACUUCAACCAGAGACAGUGGAUUUGGUACCGAUACAUCGGAUUACGACCAUCCAGUCGGCUCUCAAGCGAUACCGGGUACAUCAGAAAUCAUUGAUGCUCAAGCACCAUAUCCGUUGUUCGAAAAAGAAAGGCGAAAAAAUUUUUCAGAAUAUGCCAUAAAAAUAAGGAAUUUAAUGGUUGAAAAACAAAGUUCGUAUUGUGCAUUAUUGAUAACCAAAGAAGACUGUAGACUGUUAGGAUUCUUCAACGCUUCUACGGUAUCGUUCAAGAACUUUUUAUUUCUUUGGCUUAUACAUAAACAUGAGGUUCACAAGUGA